UCGCGCGCAAGAGAAGGAGGAAACGUAUUGCGCCACCAUGACGUCAUUUCGUUGGUCUGUACUCUGAACGACCUUGGCUCUCGACCAAUCAGCGCUCGAGAAAUCGCUCACUUAUUGUAAAAAUAUAUUUUAUUCUACACUACCUAAUUAUUUAAAAAAAAAACCAAUGAACAGUACUGUGUCGUUUUUCAAUAGUUGCUUAUAUUGCUUGUUCCUGUUGUCAAUCAUAGUUUCAACGUUACUUUUCUUAUCAUUUCAGAAUGACUACUACAACAGGCCAAAUGCUCCUAACAGCAUCCCCCUGAGGUGGUUAGCCCCAGAGGGGCUGGUGAUACAGGAAGAUGGAGUCCUUGUUUCUAAACCCCCGUCCAGUAAGGGAAAUGUGUGGUGAGUGGUCAUUGAUAAACAAGUUCCGUCCCUUUCGUGAGCUCAGGCAACGAGGACGGUGGCAAAAACGUUUCUUAAAAAAUGAAUUCACCCUCUUUAAAAAUUUGUUGCUCUUAUCCCAUGUCGUUCAAUUUGUCAAAUGUUGGUGGAUUUUUUUACGCUUGUCUUCACGUCCUCCAGCAAAGAUGAGAUUAGGAAGUUUCACGUCGUGGUCGUGCAACGGGGGCAAAUAAAUUUACAUCGACGAGAUAGUUUUGUUUUGCUAAUCCAAACCUAUUGUUUGUUUUGUUUUUUGCCUUUUUUGCCUUUUUUGUUGCCGUCGUCGUUGUUUGUUAAGCUCCCUUGACUGGUAAAAUUAUACGCUACUGCAGCUAAGAUGAGAAUCAUAUUUUGAGGGAUCGUUUCUUGAACUAAUCAAGGCUAUAUUUGCCAUAAGUUUAUCCAUGGAAAACCAACUUUGGUUACUAUUUGUUCCCAGAAACCUAGUUAAGAAACCUGGUGCCUGGUCUGCCUCAAAUUUUAAGGAUCACCUGAAACAAAGAUAUAUUGGGAAGGAAUUCUGAAUAAAUUAAGCUUUAACUGCAGCCCUGAUUAAUAUGUAAUCACGCCGACCUCCCGCGGUUUGAAAACGAAACCUGUCUGGGUCGGACUUUGUGUCCUAGGCCCUCCAAAACUUCUCGUGAUUUAAUUUCUCCAGAUAUUUGGCAACUGGAAUUUACCUUUGUGGCGGUAAGGGUCGAUAAUUUUGUUGAGAGAAAGUUAGAGUCUGUGCCGGUUUAAGGGGUUAGCAAGGGUGGACACAUACACACUGCCUCUGUAAGGUUUUGUCAAAAAAUUGCGAGCUGAUAAUUUAGCCGUUACGUUUGGCCCUACUCACUUUUCGCCAUUCAGAUUGGUUAAGAAAACAAGAUUUUCCCAUUCUACGUUGUCGUUUUUUUUUUCGGCGGGAAAACGAGCAGGCUUGACUGAUCAGUCAAUGCUAAUAACCGUCACUCAGGAAAAAAAUCGAAAACAACUUUAAUUUUCCUGACUGGUAUUCGUAAUUUUGCAGGUCUUUUGGAGUAACAUUAUGGGAGAUUAUUGAAGGUGGGAAACAACCCUAUGAAGAACUUUCCGAUGAAGAAGUGUUACAGAGUGUUAUACAAGAUCGUCUGUAUACUCUGCCGGAACCAUGCAACAAAGACAACGUACAGGACUCUCUGUAAGUUUGCAUUAGGUGCUUGUUUGAAAUUUUACAUCAAUUGUCUUGUCUCAGGAGCCAACACUAUUUUAAAUAUAUCGGUCAUAUAUGUCGUUGUCCAAACACUACACUGACAAAGGAGAUACUCUUUGCGAAGUCUAGGCGUCCAUACAAACGGGACCCCUUGGAUUAAUAUCCCUAAAUUAUUAAAUGUCUCCAUUGAGCAGGCAAAGAGGUCGAUACAAGAUGAGUGGUUUCGCUACACUUGUCGACCGCGUAGUGGCCAGCAACUCCGUGGUAACAGGUUUACCGUCUGGAGGAUUUUAACUGUACUGUACUGUACUGUCCUGUACUGUACUGAAUCUCAAACUGACACCUAGAGUUUGUCCUUGCUAUUCUUUGGUCAUUUUCUUUGACCCUUUACAAGCCAUAACAUUCCCUUAAAUAGGCACCUAGAAGUGGUCCCUGCCAUUUUCAGUCAUUUUCUUUGACUUGUCAUAAGAUGGACACCUCUCUUAAACGGAUACCUAGAGUUGGUCCUUGCUGUUCUUCAGUCAUUUUCCUAGAUUUUCUAUAAGGCGGUCACCUCCCUCAAACGGACACCUAGAGUUGGCACUGUUCUUCUGUUAUUUUCUUUAACUCUCUAUAAGACGGACAUUAUCCCUUGAAUGGACACCUAGAGUUUGUUCUUGCUGUCCUUCCUUCGUUUUCUUUGACUCGCUAUAGGCAGACACCUCUCUUAAACGGACACCUGAAGUUCUACUCUCAAAUUGGACAAAAGUAAUGUACAAAAAAACAUAUUUCUCGUCGAGAUGUACAUAAUUAACCUUGUGUUGCUUUUUGUUCUUUGCAGAUAUGAACUGAUGUCUCAGUGUUGGGUUGAAUCUGACAAAAGGCCUUCAGUUUCGGAAAUUGAGUCGGCUCUUCUGUCUCUUAUGUCAGGCCGCUCUGUGCCCCGACUCACCAGCAGUGGUAUCUUGAAGCAAAAAGCGGACGCCCUUCUUGAAUCUCAUGGUUAGUAUUCCUGUUAAACAUUGCUGUUUACUAUUUGCCUGAUUUAGUCGGUUUAUCUCUUCCAGAGUAAAACCCGGAAGUUCAUUAAUUACUAACCAACGGCAAGGACCAAAAUAACGGUUUUGUUUGUUUGGUAUAACUUGGGGUGCGUACUUUUGGCCUAAUUUUGCCUACACAUUACACACUAAAAACGGGGACGUUGAUUAGCAAAUUCUAGGUGCGCUUCAUAAACAGAGUCGAACCGCGCCAAAUCUGGAACGUAAAAACCACUGAAGCUAACUUUGGAAAUAAUAGGGUCCGUCUCGGUCCCCCUCACACCCCCCUCCCCCCCCCUUCUCCAACCAAUACCAUGGCGCUACCUUUGGCGUUGAAGGUGUGUUACAUCGAAGUAAAUGAGGAAAUGAAUGGUAGUUAGCCACUUACAUACAUUUAUAUAAAUGAAGCAGAACGCUAAGCUGCUCGCAGCGGUGUGGCAGCGAUGCUGACCGUAGGUUGAUUCUACUUACGGUAACUGACGCAUUUUGCACAAAUACAGUCAAUAAGUUGGCGGCCGCUUGAACCAUGCCGGCGGAAUAUUUGGGGAAAUACAAAAUCCAAAAUAUUUUUUUCAUGACGAAGACCACGGGCUUUUUUGAGUCCAGUUACUAGUAACUUUACCCCGCUUUCUUCGCAGCAUCCCGUGAUAUGAAAUUGACUUCACAACCGGUUGCCAUAGUCCAUCCGCUCCGCCCGAAUCACUCUGAGAAUAAGACAUCGUCUAACGAGGACAGUACACUCGACUCGUCGUCCGAUGUAGAAGUCACCGUCAUCUCAUCGGAGUCACCGCCACCUGUAACAUACAUCGGAAAUGCCUCGGAAGAGCUCGGAGAAACUUCGGUCACAUCUGAAGCUCCAUCGCCUGAGGUCGGUACAUCAGAUUCUCAGUCGCAUGUCAUAAUCGAAUCGGAUUCCGUAUCUCCGGAGUAUGUUAUGAUGCCUGGUGAAGUUAUUAGAAGAAGGGGGUCGAUUUUGAAGAAUCCAAACGCUCCGGUGAGUAAAUUUUUUUGCGUAAACUUUAAAAUAUAUAUUUUAUUUCACCUGCGAAGCUAUCGAUCUUGUUCUUAGGAUAGUCUGUUUGUUCAGUAUGCCGGCUCGGAGACUUCCGGGAACAAACACGACAGAGUACACUCGUCGAAAGAGUAGUUUGCUGCAUAAGAGGUGUUACUGUACAUCCAGUUCUCAGUUGUGUCGAAGUAAUCAGCCCUUUGCAGGUGGUUAGACACGUGACAGAAAAACGCUUUGUUGGAGAGCAGUGAACUCACUGUGAAAAGACAGAAAGAGAAAGAAGAAGAAAAUUACCACUUUAGAUGGUGCAAGCUCUUUGUUUGUCUUGUCGCAAUGAAGUUCUUGCUCUCAAGCAUGGCGGCUUGGACCCCGCGACAGACCAGCUUCAAAGGACCUAUUUCGAAAUGGCUUUGGUUUUUUUCGGCUACGCUUCGUUAUUGGCUCAAAAGUCUCGCGCCACUUUCUCAACCAAUCAGAAGCCAAACCAGAACCGUUCAUGACGUUUGCUUCGAGAUUUGAUUGGUUCUCGUGAUUAUGAGCUCGCGUUGUAAUAGGCCAGAGUUAUUACUUUGGUUCUGGUCUGUUUGGCAACCUUUUCCAGUGGUUUCUUCGAGGACCAUUUUCGUCGAGCGACUAGAAUCGCCCUCUCCACGUGAUUUGUUGCGUAACUAAGAAGACGCAAUUAAAAAUAUUGGUUAGUAGUAAAUGUAUUUUAGGGUCUGCUGGAAAGUUACAGGAAUUUACUUUUUAUCUUUGCAAAUUUGGCUUAAUGGUGGAAGUUUUUUUAUUCAACCUCCAGAAAUACGGCAACAUUUCCCCAAUAAUCUUCUGCAAAUCUUCGAUAAAUACUUUGUAGGCGGUCAGACUUGACCAUCUAAAAGAAUUAUUUCCAUCAAUUUGUAACAAUUAAUUCCAUUUCUAUGCCGUCUAUUAUCGCCAAUCAUCUGUCCAGUUCCACUGUUUACGUGACAAGAUGCCGGUGGGGCAGAAAAUUAGAUGUUGCCAAUGUUUCGGUUUUAGUCUGCUUCCAUUCAAAACCAUUCAUUUACAUUUUUCUUGCAGUCAAAACCCGCCAAAGUGGUCCAUUUUCCUGUCAAUAUUCUGGCUUUACGAACUGUUCACAAAUAUGAGAGAAUGGAAUCUUAUGAAGAAGAAUGUGAUUCUGAGCCGGAAGGAGAUGAUACGGAAGACGCUGAAGUGGCCAGCAUGUGGUCACGUGAAUAUCCUAUAGCCAGCGAGGAGAUUGAGAACGAGUCGUCUACAUUCCCUGUUGAGAAAGACGUUGACAGCCUUGAUUCAAUCACAGCUGAACAAAAUGGCUCUGUUUGUGCAAAGGUUGUGUCGUUAUCCGACUCGCCUGUAGAAAAGAAAAUGAAAAAGGCAGCUCGGCGAAAGAAGCUGGAAGAAUGCAAUCAAGAAUGGGUUACUUCCAUUGUUUCCAACAUGGAAGAGCCCGCGUAAACUGUUGAAGUGAACAGUGAGCUUCUGUUUAAACGCACAAGGUUUCUCUGGCGUUCCCUUAACAACUCCGUUCCGUCAGAUUAAAAACAGGGACUAUUUCUCCCUUGAUUGAGGCAUAUCCAUCUUCAAUAGAUCUCAGAGACAUGUCCGUAUGUCAAGUAUUUGAUACCAGUUGCUGGGACUGCUUUUAAGGACACGCAUUUCUCAGUGCGGUCACCGGCAGUUGAUCUUUAGUUUACUCGGACGAAUUGUUAAUUAUCGUCCUUCAGUAAAUGAAAUCGUGUCGUGUUGAACUUUUCCAUCUUUCCUUUUCAUUCUGUGUCCCGAAAUGAGACAAUUCUAGUGAGCAGUGCUUUCCUUCGGUGCUGUUUAUUAUGCUAUACAGGAUGGUUCUAACAUUUGUGUUUGUGGAUGAAAUCCUAAAGUUUAUCCAUUCAAAUGAUAGCUAUCGAAAAGUACUUUCUUUUGGUUUUCUUAUCAUGUUGUACAAAUAUGCUGGAUUUAACUUGGAUAAAAUCCUAAAUUAAAAAGUGUGACCAUAAAAAAAAAUGAAAACUACCACAUAGCUCUUUCCUUCGAAACUCCGUGAUGUUUUACAAAAAUGAUCGUGCACACCCAAUGAAAAGAAGGAGAUAAGGGAAGUUUCCACACCGAAAAAAAACCGAUUUUUUUGGACCCGUUCUCUUUACUCUAAAGUAACACGGUGGUUCUUAUAAAAAUGCAGUCUCCUAGUUGUAGAAACUGAAGGUAUCGUAUCAUUGCUCAAACUUUGAAGGAAAAGCUACUCGUGUUCGAGUUUAUAUGUUGUCAGAUGAAGUUGUGAUCUUUGAAAGUUUAGAUAUUCGACGUAGCUGUCAGCAUAUUGUUUAUUGCAUACUUGUUAUCGUAUUGUUUUUCAAUCAUUGGAACAUGAAUACUCAUAAUUAUACAUGUAUACAAUUUUACCUAAUGUUACACUGAACAGAGAA